AUGGAUUUGAGAAAUGAUACCGUGAUUGUAGAGUUUAUUCUUCUUGGACUUUCUAGUGAUCCAAAAACUCAAGUUAUUCUUUUUUUUAUCUGUAUGCUUGGGUAUAUGAUAAUUUGCACCGGAAACAUUCUAAUCAUUAUUCUAAUUUUAACAGACACCAAUCUUCAUACACCUAUGUAUUUCUUUCUUUCAAACCUCUCUUUUCUGGAUCUCUGCUUUUCAACUUCAAUAGUUCCAAGGAUGCUGAAAGAUUUGGUGUCGGUAAAGAAAACAAUCUCUUAUGCAGAGUGCGCAGCACAACUGUACGUGUCACUCUCCUUAGGGCAAACUGAGUGUAUUCUGCUAUCUAUUAUGGCAUAUGAUCGUUAUGUAGCUAUUUGUUUUCCAUUACACUACACUACCAUCAUGAGUAAAAUGGUCUGCAUGAGAUUAGCAGCUUGUACAUGGAUAUGUGGAUUCCUUUUUCCCAUUUCACAAGUGGCUUUUACUCUUAAUGUAAACCUUUGUGGGAACAAUGUAAUAAAUCAUUUUCUAUGUGAAGUACCGGAAAUCUUAUCUAUGUCUUGUGAAAAUACUAUCUUUAUUGAAUGUAUCACUUUUGCAGUUGGUGUGAUUAUACUUAUGAUUCCUGUCACAUUUAUUGUAGUGUCAUAUAUUAAAAUAAUCUUGAGCAUCCUUAAAAUUGCAUCAUCGGCUGGACGGAGGAAAGCCUUUUCUACAUGUGGAUCUCAUAUGAUAGUUGUAACAAUAUUUUAUGGUUCAGCAAUAGGUGCCUACAUGAAACCUAGGUCAAGUUCAACACCAGAAACAGACAAAGUGAUUGCCAUAUUUUACUGCAUAGUAACUCCAAUGUUAAAUCCUCUAAUUUAUACCCUUAGAAAUAAUGAUGUUAAAUCUUCAUUUCUGAAAUGUAGACAUAGAUAUUCUUUAUGCUAA